AUGUCAAAAGGCAAAAAGAAAACUAAAGUAGAAGAAAAUAUUUCACUCGGUCCUCAAGUCCGAGAAGGUGAAGACGUUUUUGGGGUAGCUCACAUUUUUGCCUCUUUUAAUGAUACGUUUGUCCAUGUUACGGAUUUAUCCGGACGAGAAACUAUUGUUCGAGUUACUGGUGGUAUGAAAGUCAAAGCCGAUCGUGAUGAAUCUUCACCCUAUGCUGCAAUGUUGGCCGCACAAGAUGUGGCUGCCAAAUGUAAAGAAUUGGGGAUCAAUGCUUUACACAUCAAACUUCGUGCAACUGGCGGUAAUGGAACGAAGACACCAGGACCGGGUGCUCAAUCUGCCUUAAGGGCCUUGGCUAGAGCUGGUAUGAAAAUUGGACGAAUCGAAGAUGUCACACCUAUUCCAACGGAUUGUACUCGCAGGAAGGGUGGACGAAGAGGAAGACGUUUAUAG